CCUGAAGCGGAACCGGCGCGAUUUCCGGAAGCCGACAGCCGCCUUAGGAGUCAGGCCAGUGGUUGGUAGAGCAGAGUGGGUCGCGCCGUCUUGCCGUUCUGGGUGUCUGGGCCUUGCCCGUAACGGUGGGAAGAGACAAUGGCCCUGCUGUGCUACAAUCGGGGCUGCGGCCAGCGCUUCGACCCUGAGAACAAUUCUGAUGAUGCUUGCACGUAUCACCCAGGUGUUCCAGUCUUUCAUGAUGCUUUAAAGGGUUGGUCUUGCUGUAAGAGAAGAACAACUGAUUUUUCUGAUUUCUUAAGCAUUGUGGGCUGUACAAAAGGUAGACAUAAUAGUGAGAAGCCACCUGAACCAGUCAAGCCUGAAGUCAAGACUACUGAAAAGAAAGAACUAUCUGAAUUGAAACCCAAAUUUCAAGAGCACAUAAUUCAAGCCCCUAAACCAGUAGAAGCGAUAAAAAGACCAAGCCCAGAUGAACCAAUGACAAAUUUGGAAUUAAAAAUAUCUGCCUCUCUAAAACAAGCACUUGAUAAACUUAAACUAUCAUCUGGAAAUGAAGAAGAAAAGAAAGAAGAUGACAGUGAUGAAAUUAAGAUUGGGACAUCAUGUAAAAAUGGAGGGUGUACAAAGACAUAUCAGGGUCCACAGAGUCUAGAAGAAGUCUGUGUAUAUCAUUCUGGAGUACCUAUUUUCCAUGAGGGGAUGAAAUAUUGGAGCUGUUGUAGAAGGAAAACCUCUGAUUUUAAUACAUUCUUAGCCCAAGAAGGCUGUACAACAGGGAAACAUGUGUGGACUAAAAAGGAUGCUGGGAAAAAAGUUGUUCCAUGUAGACAUGACUGGCAUCAGACUGGGGGUGAAGUCACCAUUUCAGUAUAUGCUAAAAAUUCACUUCCAGAACUUAGUCGAGUAGAAGCUAAUAGUACAUUGUUGAAUGUGCACAUUGUAUUUGAAGGAGAGAAGGAAUUUCAUCAAAAUGUGAAAUUAUGGGGUGUGAUUGAUGUAAAACGAAGCUAUGUAACUAUGACUGCAACAAAGAUUGAGAUCACCAUGAGAAAAGCUGAACCUAUGCAGUGGGCAAGCCUUGAACUACCUACAACCAAAAAGCAGGAAAAACAAAAAGAAGAUAUUACAGAUUGAGGUGGAAGGGGAGGGCUGUUGCCUAUUUCAGAAUUCUGAAUGUGUGGUGAAGUGAUGGCUUGCUGCUGUAACUUUUUGUUAUUGAAUCAGGCAUUUCAGGGUCACAUUAGGUUUUUGUUUUUAAAAGCCAAAGUCAAUUUAUCUUUUUGUGUUCCGUAAGAUUGAUUAUUCAUAUUUCCUCAUUGGUAGAACCAUACUUGUGUCCCUUACUUGAAGAAGCUGGAAAACAGCUUGUAAGUGUAAUUGCAGAUUUCUUAGUGUAUUAUUAUUAUGUUAAACAAAUAAAUAAUAAGGGACAUUUGUUUUUUAUAUUUCUAUUAUUCCAUAAUUAGUAAAGAUGAAAAUGUCAAAUUUUUAAUCAAUUUUUUUUCUUUAUGAACGUUUUGUUCUUAUAAUACUUGAAAAUCUUCAAGGAAGAAGUAAAGCUCUGUAUUUUGUUUUGUUUUGUUUUUUCAUGUGGGACAGUUACUUUUUCUAGGAGGAUUAAUUCUGAGGUAAUAUACUAGGUUAAGGGGAAUAUAUGCAUUGGCCAACAAAUUUGAAUUGGUUCACAGUUAAUUUAAUUUUAAAAUUGCAUCAUUACCUAUGUUACUUUCAAAACAGUAUGACCUAAGAGUAUAGGAAACAAGCCUAGAGAGGUAUCAGUUUGGUUAAAAUUCAUCAUUUUAUAAGGUUAAGCAAUAAUGUUAAAUCUUUUUCCUGAUUAAAGGUCUUUAUAUGGUGUUAUGACUAAAUGGUACCUGAUUUUCAGUCUAAAUCCUCUGAAAACCUUCAGUUACCUAUAAAAAGAAAUCAUCUAUAUCUGGCCUUACUGAUGGAAAAAUAUCUAUAAAAGUAUCUUAAAAGUUUGUGGAAUUACAGAAGAAUAUAAGAAAACUAAAUACAUAAACUUUGCUUUAUGCCAACUAUUACCUAUUAAGUAAAAUAGCUUAAUUCUUCCAGAGUUAUUUUUUUAAGGCUUUCAAGUAGAGUUUGACAAUUUUAGUGAUAAAAUGUUGAUUAUAUAUUGUACUUUAUUUGUAUUAAGUAUAUGUAACUCAUGAUUUUGAUUAUUUAUGCUUAUCAAACCUAUUAGUGAAUAGAUUGCUUUUUGAGGUAAUACAGAGCUCAAGAAGAAAAUUUAAGAAAUGAAGUUAUGAAGUUCAGACUCUGGCAUAGCUUAAUAAAUUUGAUUAUUAAUUAGGCUUAUGUAGAUUAGAAAUGAAAGUCAAAAGGGUUUUCCAAACCCAUUGAGUGUAUUCUGGCUUAAUAGAAUUCUUGCAAAGAAGAAUAUUCAGAAGUACUAUACUAGUUCAUAAGGGGUUUGUAUAUAUUAUUCUAUUACUCUUAGCAAAUAACUAUUAGAUAUAUUAGUUAUAAUUAUUUAAAAAUCUAGCUCUGUUAAAAUUCGCAAAGCCAAUGUCUGUCAGCCAGGCUUUGUUGACAUUAAAAUAACAUGGCAAGAAAUUUUGGGCAAUAAAAGUUUGAUCCAGAUAGAGAAUAUAAUUGUUUAGUACUGAGAGAAGUAUUUAAAUUUUGACAACUGUCUUUCUGGAAUUAGAAACCUGUGGUCUUUGGAGAAAUGGUAUCUUGAUUGGAGAAAAGAGGUUGAUUUGUAAAUUUGAUUCAAAGUAAUUAUUGUACCUUUUGUAAUCCUUCCUUCUUGAGGCUGUUUUCUCCUGCAAAAUAUCUUAAUCUUUUUGGAUUUGUAUGUCAUUUAAAGUAGGUGAGAUAUUCUAACCUCAGAUUUAGUUAAAAAGCACUGAUUUUUUAAAAUUUUUUUGAUACAACUAUAUAGUCUAGUUACAUUAGUGACUAUAUUAUUUUGAUUCUUAUUCCCAAGAACCUCUAAAUGUGUUGCCCAGUUAAAAAUAUAAGUGAUAUUUACAUUAGACUCAUAAAGGGACACACUUAUAGUUAGGUAGAGUAUGUUUUACUCUGAAUUUUUCAAAAAUUAAUAAAAAAAAAACUUGUUAACUCUAGUGAGUCAUUUCUCUAGAAUUAUGCUAUGUCUGUGUUUGCGUUCAAAGUAUAACAAAGCAGUCAAAAGGUAGGUGUAUUAAACACUUGGUAACUGACUUCAUCACAGGAAACAUGAAAUGCCAUUUUUAUUGCCUAGCACAUUUGCUAGUGUAAAGGAAGUAAUGUUGAGCUUUCUUUUUUAACCUCUUAUUUUGAGAUAAUUUUAGAUUUACAAGAGUUGUAAAAAACAGUACAAGAGUUCUUUAUAUUAAUCUUUCUCUUAUGUUAAAAUCGUGCAUAAUCACGGAACCUUUCUACAACUAAGAAUUUAAACCUUGGUACAAUAAUGUUAACUAAAAUAGAACAUUUAAUUUUAACCAGCUAUUUUUAGUAGAAGUCUUGAAGAUCUGUCCUAUUCUUGAGUCCUAUUUUACUUUUAAUAAUUUAAGUUAGUAAUAUAAAUAAUUAAAAGUAUGAAUUGAAAUUAACAAAUGUUUACAGGUUGAUGAUGUAACUUCUUGGUGUACCUACACAUGGCAAAGGGCUGGGUUUACUUUAUAGUUUGAUUUUAUGCUAGAAAUUUUAAUUCUUACUAAAUAUAACUUGUUCAGUUUUCUUUAGACAGUUCUUCAAGCUUCAAGAAUGAAGAGAACCUUAAAGCAUUCUUGCACAUAUUUUAAGGGGCCUUAAAGCUAUUGCUAACCCAACCCCCACCUUAAAAAAAAAAAACAAAAAACAGUCGUUUUCAAACCUGUAAAUGGAUGUCUUAAAUAUACCUACAACAUGUAAACUUUGAAAAAUUCGUUUAUGAAUUCUAGUAUCCUUUUUAGGGCUAUUUGAAUAUUAAAAGAUUAUUUUUUGUUUGUUUUAUUUCAAAUUUUCUUGACUUGGCAUUCAUAUAUAGUAUUUACUUUGUAUUUUCUGCUAGUGUAAUUUCAUGGCCUUAGUUUGGAAAUGCAAGCUUUUAAGUCCAGCUUGUUUUAGAUUUUAUUUGUAGAUUUUUGUUUUAUUUCUUUUGUGUAAUAAGUGAGAAGUUGUUUUUGUUUUUUUGUUUGUUUUGUUUUGUUUUGUUUUGCAGCUCCUUCCCUACUGUUCUUAAAUUCAUCUAGUGUUUCCUGGCUUGCCUUUUUUAAAUCAAUUAUAGAUGACUAUGGCCUUAUGCAUGUGACUUUAUCCCUAAAAUACAAGGCUUGCAAAGUUUUUUCUUCUGCAUAGCAUUGCUUAAUUUUAAGUUUUCAUCGCAUUCGUUGAUUAGAGUUUCUUCAAGAAUAGUUUCCUAAAGACCAUGUUUUCACUGCUUGUUUAUGACUUUUCUUAAUUCUUCAGUUUAGAACACCUCACCUUUAAUGUACAAUAAAGUGAAAUAGAACCGACACUCUUAGACAGUUUUAGGUUGCUUAAAGUUGCAUGUCAAAGUAGUUUAUCAUUUCUUUUUCAGUAAGCAGAUAUCCUGUUCAGAUACUUUUUAAAAAAGAUUUUGCUAAUAGUGAUUAGGCUUAAAAAAGACAAACCUCCCCAAAUGUACUGCACUUCUCCAACAGACAUUAAGUGAAUGUAUUAGUUUUAUUUAUUUGUAUUAAUUUGUUAUCUGUAUCCCUUUGUAGACUGCAUGUGACCUUAACUGUUCAUAGUUUGACCAUCGCUGCUCCUAUUUUCUAGUAAAGUACUUGGCAUAUUGGU